ACAUGUGUUUGAUUCGCAGUCAUUCGCCUUAUAUAAAUAAUGUAGUAUUUUUAUCUUUCACCGUUAUUGAGUAUACCUACCUACUUAUGUAAAUGCGCGAGCGCCGCGCUCAAACAUUAGUUGCCCAAGCGCAUGUCAAACGUACGAAACGUAUUAUCGAUUUUUAUCCGCCGAAUUUUAGAAUCAAUCCGUUUUAAGUGUUAAAAACAUAACAGAGAUACAAAAGCAAAAUGACGGAAGAAGCAAGCAAGACGUAUACCAUUCAUCCAGUCGUCAAAGAAGAUACUGACAGUGUUAUGGAUUUGCUAAAACGGACGUUUUACACAAAGGAACCGCUAAACGAGGCCGUGGAGCUUUGGAGCGAGAACAAUCCAUGUCCUGAACUGGAUGAAUACUGCAUACAUUCCCUCCUGGAAGGCCUGUCUUUCAAGGCAGUGGACCCACAGGGGAAUAUAGUCGGCGUCACCAUUAGUGGAAUACUCCCUUUGAAAGAGGAAGAAGGCAACGCCAUUCUAACGCAAGCAAAAAACUGCAAAAACCCCAAGUUCCAAAGGAUCCUGUACAUCCUAGCAGCGCGUGAGGAAGGGACCAAGCUUUGGGAGAAGUUCCCGCAAGAAGAGAGGCUGGUGGAGAUCAAAGUGGCAGCCACAGAUCCCAACUGGACCAGGCGGGGGAUCAUGAACAAAUUGGUGCACGAAACUGAAAUAGCAACAAAGCAACUUGGCAUCCGCCUACUACGGCUUGACACAUCCAGUGCCUACUCAGCCAAGUCAGCCGAAAGGCAGGGCUUCACGUGCCUCUACAAAAGGCUCUACACGGACAUCAAGAAAGACGGCCAGCCCCUGAUUGUGCCGAAACCGCCGCACGUCGACGACCGAGUGCACAUAAAGAUAUUGUCGAAUGGAAAAUAAUGAACGACUAAAGUUUUAAGCACCUACAA